AUWGCCAAAGUAUUUGUUGAAUAAUGCACAAUCAUUUGUGCCGCAAUGUCAUGAUCUUAAGUCCGUGAACAAAGUGAAAGUUUUAAAUUGAGUCCAAUCAUUGGACAUAAUUAUUUUUUAUCUAAAUACUUUAAAUCAUUGUAUAUUUUGAUUUAAACGUCCCAAUUAWUAAUUUUACAAUCUGAAUUUCAUAGUACUACUAGUUAACAUAUAUCACCUUGCAGUAUUAUAGUAUUGUACUCAUUAUUGUACUUAACACUUAACGAUAAAUACCUACGAUUCAUGAUAUUUUAUUAAAUUGUUUGGUAUUGAGUUAAUUAAAACAWACAAAAGUAAAAUCCAUUACUAAUAAAUACUUACAUAACAUUAUUUCAUAGGUGUUCAUAUAAUUAACCAUGUUUUUAGGAAUCUCUAAAUUCCAAAAAGGAGUUUCAUUUUUCCGAAAUAUAUCAAAAAUUAGUGCAAUGUCUCAAUAUCAUACACUAAAAAUUGAAAAUUCCAAAGAGCAUGUUUAUAGUGUCCAAAUAAAUAGACCAGAAAAAGCUAAUGCAAUGAACAAAACAAUGUGGCUGGAAAUAGGAAAAUGUUUCAAUGAACUAAAUCAGAACACAGAUUGCCGAGUAAUUGUUCUUUCAGCUAAUGGMAAAUAUUUCACUUCAGGAAUUGAUUUAUUUGACAUCAUGAAUCUUGGCCAAGAGAUUGCAAAUCAUGAUGACAUUGCAAGAAAAUCAAAAGUUUUACAUUGUUUUAUUAAGACAUAUCAAGAUUGUCUCACAUCACUUGAAAAAUGUGAUAAACCUGUGUUGACUGCUAUUCAUAAUGGAUGUAUUGGCGGUGGAGUUGAUCUAGUUUCAGCUGCAGAUAUAAGAUAUUGCACAAAAGAUGCUUGGUUUCAACUAAAAGAAACUGAAAUUGGAAUGGCAGCAGAUGUUGGUACAUUGCAAAGGAUGCAAAAAAUUAUUGGGAGUAUAAGUACAUUCAAUGAAUUAGCAUUUACUGCUCGUAAAUUUCAUUCUGAAGAAGCUAAAAGUAUUGGUUUUGUGACUCAAGUUUAUGAAACUAAAGAAAGUAUGUUGGAAAAUGUUAUGAACAUUGCUUCAGACAUAGCCAGCAAAAGUCCUGUAGGAGUCCAAAUGACCAAAAGAAGCAUAAUUUAUUCACGAGAUCACACUGUUCAAGAAGGAUUGGAUCAUAUUGCAGAUUGGAAUCAAAUAUUAUUACAAAGUGAAGAUUUCAUUAAAGCAUCAAUGGCUGUUGCUACAAAGGAUAAAAAACCAAUAUUUUCGAAACUAUAAUUAAGUACUUUAGUUAACUUAAUUUUAAAUAUUAUUUUGGACAUGAAUGAAUUGCUCACACUCAGAACUGUAUCUUAACAGUUUAUUUAAAAUUAACAACCAAUGGUUAAAUAGUAUUACAAGUGAAGAUUUCAUUAAAGCGUGAAUGGCUGUUCCUUUAAAGGAUAAAAAAAUAUAUAUAUAUUUUUGAAACUAUAAUUAUGUAUUUUAGUAAACUUAACUUUAAAUAUAAU